GCCUGGAAAUUGCAGUUUUGCCACUCCCCACAGUAAUACUCGACACUCCCAUCGGCCACCGCUCACCGCCGUGACGCGCUGCUCCAGACUUCACGACUGCAGCUCAACCCCACGCGGUCCAGCGAUUCCGAAGCGGAGCGGAGAGGAGGGGCGGCAAUGGAGUACAGGAGAGUGAAGGAUCAGGAGAGUUGUGACGAUUUAUCUCAGAAGGAUAUAGAAAACCUCAGUGGGAGGUCACUGUCUAGCGCCAACGCUGCAGCAACAGCUGGUGGUCUCAGCUCUGCAGUAGGUGCAAAAGGCAAUUAUAGUUGGAAGCUAAAGUCUGUUGUUACUCUUGCAUUGACGCUGCUAACAAGUUCUCAGGCAAUAUUAAUUGUGUGGUCAAAAAGAGCCGGAAAGUAUGAAUAUAGUGUCACAACAGCCAAUUUUUCGGUGGAGGCUUUAAAAUGCCUUCUAUCACUAGCUACCCUUUUUAGGACAUGGAACCGCCAUGGUGUUACAGAUGAUAAUAGGUUAACCACAUCUGUUGAUGAAGUUAGUGUUUAUCCGAUUCCCGCUGUUCUUUACAUGGUAAAGAACUUGUUGCAGUACUAUAUCUUCGCUUAUGUUGACGCACCAGCUUACCAAAUCUUAAAGAACCUGAAUAUCAUCAGCACAGGUGUCUUGUACCGCAUCAUUUUGAAGAAAAAGUUAAGUGAAAUUCAGUGGGCAGCAUUUGUUCUUCUGUGUGCUGGCUGCACAACAGCUCAACUUAAUCCUUCGUCUGACCAUGUUCUUCAAACUCCUAUUGAAGGUUGGAUGAUGGCAAUUGUGAUGGCUCUUUUAAGUGGUUUUGCUGGGGUAUAUACUGAAGCUAUCAUAAAAAAACGCCCAUCGAGAAACAUCAACGUGCAGAACUUUUGGCUUUAUAUUUUUGGAGUGAUAUUCAAUCUAGUUGCAAUUUGUGUUCAGGAUUAUGAUGCAGUCAUGAAUAAAGGCUUUUUCCAUGGGUAUUCAUUCAUCACAGUUCUGAUGAUUCUUAACCAUGCACUGAGUGGAAUUGCUGUUUCAAUGGUGAUGAAAUAUGCUGAUAACAUAGUCAAGGUUUAUUCAACUUCAGUUGCAAUGCUUCUGACAGCAGUUGUAUCUGUCUUUUUGUUUCGCUUCCAUUUAUCCCUCGCAUUCUUCCUUGGAUCGACGGUUGUGUCCGUUUCGGUGUACCUGCACUCUGUUGGAAAACCUCAACCACAGAAAUAAGCUUUAUUUGGUCAUCUGAUGGCUCUUCAGUGGACAAUUUUACACUGUCAGUCAGGGAAAGGAUUGCUGCACGUGGAAUCUGGCUGCCUUGUAGCAAUGGCUCAGUGGAGAUGGGAUUUGAUUGCAUAGCUAACCAAUCAUAUAGUGUUCACGCAGAAGCAAGUAGACCUUAUUACUCUUUAUGCGUAGACAACUACAUCCUUGGGUAAAAGGUAGAUUUGAAAAGAGCAUCACACUAACACAAUCUCGAUGGCGGAUCCAUGUUUUUGUGGAGCGGUUCUAGUAUUACCGGUCAUAGUGUUGUUUCCUUCUAUCUAGUUUGCUAACCAUAUCAUGCAUAGUGUUUUGAAAUAGCAGGUAGCAAAUAUACUGUAAUGAACAGAUUGCUAUUUCAGUUUAAUCUAUAUAGCUGUCGUUCAGCCACCGAGCAUAUGGGCCAUCGAUUGUUUCUUGCGUAGUGUUGGACGCCAGACAAGGGAUUGCUUGUCAGGGCUAAAUAUUCCUUCGAGUUUUUGUUGUUGAAGGAAAUACAGUGGGGGAGGCCCCCACUGCCUGCUUUAUUAAGAAAAAAAAGGGGAAAGCUGUACAAGGGCCUUAGCCCAAAGAGAAAACAGCAACAAAGAGCACUAUUAAAAAAAUCCCCAGAGGGAAAAGAAAAGAAGAGAGCUAAGAAAAGGAAUCUAGCCUGUUAAGGAAGAGAAGUCUUUUUCCCUUAUUAAGUCUAUGAGAUUGGAGUCUUGCUUCAUUGAUGAAUUCCUGCUUCCAAUAAGCAGUACUACGAUUUCUUCUUUCAAAAAUAAGACCAUUUCUUUGUUUCCAUAAUUGCCCAGCAGCUAUGAUGAAAACCUUCAUGAAGAGGGUAUUGAAAGCUGGCCUUGGCAUACUCCAUCAUAGUGUAGAAAGACAGACUUUGGUUCUAAUGAAUAUUCAAGAGCUGCCAUCAGUUUUUGCUAAAUUGAUAUCCAAAGAAGAGAUGGAAAGCGGUUUCCUCUGGCUGUUUCGGAGCACAGCACACAAAGACAUUAUUUGUAGCUUUAGAUUUCUUCCUUCUGAGUAUGUUUCUUGUAUUUAGUUUAUCCAUUAGGAGAAGCCAACAGAAGAUCUUCCAAUUUUUGUAGGGCAGAUUGUAGAAUUUCUUGUAUGAAUAAGCCUCUGUACCCCAUAUGUAA